AUGUUCGAAUAUUGGCUGGCACACGAGAAUGCCGUGUUCAUUAAUCACAUCUACAUGUUCCUGGUGGCCUCCUUCACGAUCGGCAGCAUAAUUUACAUGCGAAACACAGCCCACAAGCAACAGCCUGGAAUGCACAAAGAUGCCUCUCCCCGAUUCAUGGGCUUGGUCGCCCUCUUCUUCGGUCUCUUCAUUUGCUUCGGCUACUUCUUCGUGUACAUGUCGGGACUGGGCUUGUGGGCGCUGCCGAUCAUGUACGUGCUCGCCAUGUGCAGUGCGUCGGCCAUCAUCUACCCGAUCGACCAGGCCCUGAUGAAGGGCGCCUUCGUCAAGUGGGUCAAGUACUCGGGCAACCAGGUCACCAAGUCCAUCCUCCCCAUCUACAGCACUCACCACACCUGA